GAAUAUUGAGAUACCCGCUUUGAGAAAAAUUAAAAAAAGCCCAUGUUAAACUGCUACUCAUAUUGAUUGAGAAUUUGAAACCAAAGAUGUGUCAGUUACUCAUCAAAUCGCUGGAAUUUGACUAACUGCCGAGGCUGCAACCUCAGCUUAAUCUCAUCCAACUGGGUUUGCAGAGCCAGUUCGCAAACCCAUCAUGUUAGAGGCGAGAAACUGCCCGCCAACUGUUUGGAUAAAGACCCACCUCACAAAUUCUAAUGAGUUGCACAUAAUGCGCGAAGAAUUUGAGCUUUGAAUAUCAUUUGAAGGACAAAGGGGGAGGAUCCAGUCCAGAUAAUGUUCGCAAGCUGACUGGGCCGAGGCCUCAUCAGGAACUGGAGAUGGUGACAUCACAAACAGAGUUUGAGCUAAGGCAGAGAGGGCUCUUUUUUCUCCGUCUCAAUGGGUGGCCGCUGCUCCAAGUUCUCUCUCUGCUGGUGGCAUUCUCACCUUAAACCCUCUGUCCUUGAAUCCUCCGACCUCGAAAAUGGCGGCAAGAACGACCGAAACUCGUUCCCCAGCUUCACGGAGUUCAGCUUGGAGGAGCUCAAAGCCGCGACGAACGGCUUCUCUCCGGAUAAUAUCGUGUCGGAGCACGGCGAGAAAGCUCCCAACGUCGUCUACAAAGGGCGCCUUGAGAGCGACAAGUGGGUCGCCGUUAAGCGGUUCCACAAGAUGGCUUGGCCCGACUCUCGCCAAUUCACUGACGAAGCAAGAUCUGUGGGGAAUCUGAGGAGCGAACGCUUGGCCAAUCUGAUCGGGUGUUGCUGCGACGGGGACGAGAGGCUGCUUGUUGCUGAGUUUAUGCCCAAUGAAACACUUGCCAGGCAUCUCUUCCACUGGGAGAACCAGCCCAUGAAAUGGGCAAUGAGGUUGAGGGUAGCUUUGUAUUUGGCACAAGCUUUGGAAUAUUGCAGUAGUAAAGGGCGGGCUUUGUAUCAUGACCUCAAUGCUUACAGAGUACUGUUUGAUAAGGAGGGAAAUCCUAGGCUUUCUUGCUUUGGCCUCAUGAAAAACAGCAGAGAUGGAAAAAGUUAUAGUACAAACUUGGCUUUCACCCCACCAGAGUACUUAAGAACCGGUAGAGUGACACCAGAAAGCGUAGUUUACAGCUUUGGAACCUUGCUGCUGGAUCUUCUGAGUGGCAAACAUAUUCCUCCAAGCCAUGCACUCGAUCUGAUUCGUGGCAAGAAUUUCCUGAUGCUGAUGGAUUCGUGUUUAGAGGGUCAUUUCACUAAUGAUGAUGGAACCGAGUUGGUGCGGUUAGCUUCACGCUGUUUGCAGUAUGAAGCUCGUGAGAGGCCAAAUGCCAAGUCUCUUGUAACUGCUCUUAUGUCUCUUCAGAAAGAAGCAGAGGUUCCAUCAUAUGUUUUGAUGGGUAUUCCGCAUGGAACUGCAUCCUCGAAACAGCCAUUGCUAUUGACACCUAUGGGUGAAGCUUGCUUAAGAAUGGAUCUCACUGCAAUACAUGAAAUAUUGGAAAAGAUUGGUUACAAGGAUGAUGAAGGGAUUGCAAAUGAGCUUUCGUUUCAAAUGUGGACUAAUCAAAUGCAAGAGACCUUGAAUUCCAAGAAGCAUGGGGAUUCUGCAUUCCGAGCCAAGGACUUUGCGACGGCAAUUGAUUGCUAUACACAAUUCAUCGAUGGUGGGACUAUGGUGUCACCAACGGUGUAUGCUAGGCGCUGCUUAACUUAUUUGAUGAGCGACAUGCCGCAAGAAGCUCUCGGCGAUGCUAUGCAAGCCCAAGUGGUGUCUCCUGAGUGGCCAACUGCCUUCUAUCUUCAGGCUGCCGCCCUCUUCGUUCUUGGUAUGGAUAAUGAUGCCCAAGAAUCUCUGAAAGAGGGCACAAACUUAGAAGCCAAAAGGAACAAGAAUUGAAACUGUAUAGGUUUACCUUUCUUUUUUGUAAUAUUUGUUCUAGUUUCUUGUAUCUAUUUUAAGGUGUUCUCUUUUGCCAUUUUGGUCUUUUUGGCUUACAUCAAAAGAUAUUCCUUCUUUGGCCUUGAUUUUUAUUGUUUAUGCUCUCUUCAUCUGAGGGCCUCCUGAUUUUAUAUAUGCAAUUCUGCAAUUGCCAUAUC